UGCACAAGAUGCUAUUGCCAGAGGCCAAUGGCCAGCGUGUUGACAAAUAGUUAUUAUAACACUAGUGCUUGUGUCUCUUUGUGUGCGUGUAUGUGUGUGUGCGUGGGUGUUAACCAAGGCAACGCUUAAGCAUAAUCAUUUAGCAGCUUAGCAGGCAUUCAGCGCAUUUAAGCUGUCUAGCAAUACAAAAGCCAGCCAAAACACAUAUAAAAAAUAAAUAUAAACAACUAUAAAAAUUCAUUGCCCAGCAACCAACCAAGUGAAUUCAACUGAAGCGCAUAGAGCCCAACAUGCGUGGCGCACAAAGUAAUUGACAACGGGCCACAAUUAAGCGCAACAAUGACAAACAAAGUGCAUGGGAAUGACAGUUUAAAUAAUGAGGAGGAGUUCGAGCACAAUGUGGAGCUGAAUUGCCUGCUCCAGCAGCAUCUGGAGGAGCAGACCUACGGCAAUGUUAGUGACCAUUGCCCCACGCAGUUCGAUACAAUAUUAUGCUGGCCGCGCACACCGCGUGGCACGCUCGCUGUGCUCCAAUGCAUGGAUGAGCUCCAGGGCAUACACUACGACAGCAGCAAAAACGCCACACGCUAUUGCUAUGCGAACGGCAGCUGGGCGCCAUAUACCAAUUACGAUGCCUGCGCCCACCUGCAAUCACCCGAAACGGUGCCCGAGUUUAUAACCAUCGUGGAGCUGCCCACCAUUAUCUAUUACAUUGGCUAUGCGCUAAGCCUGGUCUCGCUGACGCUGGCACUCAUUGUCUUUGCCUACUACAAAGAGCUGCGCUGUUUGCGCAACACGAUUCACGCCAAUUUGUUCUUCACGUACAUCAUGUCGGCUUUGUUCUGGAUAUUGUUGCUGUCAGUGCAGAUCUCCAUACGCAGCGGCUUAAGCAGCUGCAUUGGCUUGGUUACGCUCUUUCACUUUUUUACGCUUACCAACUUUUUCUGGAUGCUGGUGGAGGGUCUGUAUCUGUAUAUGCUGGUGGUCAAGACUUUUUCAGGCGACAACAUACGCUUCAACAUCUAUGCCUCCAUAGGCUGGGGCGGUCCAGCCCUGUUUGUGGUUAGCUGGGCACUGGCCAAGGCUUUUACAGUUGACUACGGGCAUACAGAGUAUGAAAUCAACUGCCCCUGGAUGGAGGAGACCAAUGUGGAUUGGAUAUUCCAGGGACCUGUAUGUGCGGUGCUCAUAAUCAAUCUCACAUUCCUGCUGCGCAUCAUGUGGGUGCUUAUCACCAAGCUACGCUCCGCCAACACCGUUGAGACGCGUCAGUAUCGCAAAGCCGCCAAGGCGCUGCUGGUGCUCAUUCCACUCUUUGGCAUUACUUAUUUGGUAGUGCUGGCAGGACCCUCCGAGUCGGGCCUUAUGGGUCAUAUGUUUGCCGUGCUGCGCGCUGUCUUGCUCAGCACUCAGGGCUUUUGGGUAUCGCUCUUUUACUGCUUCCUCAACUCGGAGGUUCGUAAUGCGCUGCGACAUCACAUUUCCACCUGGCGCGACACGCGCAACAUUCAACUCAACCAAAACAGACGCUACACUACAAAGAGUUUCUCCAAGGGUGGCAGCUCUCCACGCGCCGAGAGCAUGCGCUUACUUUUUAUAACCAGCCCGCUGACAGCUUACUAUGGACGUGGCAAGCGCGAGUCGUGCGUUUCCUCAGCCACAACCACCACGCUGGUGGGUCAGCAUGCACCGCUCAGUCUGCAUCGUGGCUCCAACAAUGCGCUGCAUCUGCUGCCCAACAACAAUGCAGCAACGGCAACAGCAACUGGCAGCACGCUUAGCGUUUUGCCACGUGCUAUCAGUCCGCUCAUGAAGCAAGGCUUGGAGGAGAAUUCUGUUUAAGGCGCUCGUGUAUUUUAUUUGUUUCUAACUGUUAAGUGUAUGACUUAAGCUAGGCAAGAUUUUAGCAAAAACCAAGGCAAGCAUCUGAAGAGACUGAGAUUUUAUUUUCCA